GGUGAAGAGGAACAUCGAACCGUCAAGGCUGAUUAUCGUAGGACGAAUAAGAACAAACAUGAAGGGAAGAUUGCUGGGCAUCAACAUCACACAGUGACUAUACAGAAGAUGAAGCGACGUGAUGAAGAAAGACGUCACCAUGAGAUGAAAAAUGCCACGAAGCGUGACAAACAUCGAUUUGCUCAUGCGCAUGAAGAAGCAACUUCUUCGAAUCUGCAUGGUGCAAGGGUCAACGUAGGAUCUGAGGACGAGACACUUGAACCUACAUCUCCAGAGGCAAGGUAUCACAUCUCCCACUUGCAGAAAAACUUUCAAGAUAUCACAACCUGGCUUCGAGUGAAUAAGGAUGAUCCUGCUUGUAAGAACUUUCUGCCACUUCUGAAAGAUCACAUUCUUGGUCGCCUAUGCUGUCGUGGAUAUGACGGUGAUGAAAGGGGCUUCUCGGAGUCUGAUCACUGUACAGUGGUCUUCGAGAAAAACAGGAUGUAUUUUCACUCGGUUUUGCAGCUCAACUAUACAACUUAUGAUCUGCGCCGCACACAAAAUUCAGUUAAUCCAUGA